CCCGGUAUUAAGUCAGGAUUACAUAAGAUUGAGUUUAAACGCGUAUUAAAAGAUGGCGAUGAAAGCGAGAAAGUUGCUUUUCUUAAAACCUGUUAUGAAACUUAAAGUGAGAGAGGCUAAAAAAAGAUCGACUUGAAACAUCUUCCAUUGAAAAAAGUUAGUCUAUUAUUUAACAUUUUAUUCUUGUCCUCAUCACAUCUUAUUAUAACAAUUAAGUGACAGUACAUGCCAAUCAGUUAAUUAUGUUUCGCUAAUAUUAAACUUGUGUCGCGAAAUUAUCUAAACUUUAAAACCCUCUGUUUUGUUCAUUAAGUUGAACAAAUUUUCAACAAUGCUAUGUUUUUGCCUAAGUGUUUUUUUGUGCAAUCAUCAAUAGAUAAUCAAAUUUACUAAUUUAUACAUAAUUGAUAAAUUGGCAGCUCAUAUUGACCUUACAAUUUUGUGUCUAAUAAUCCAGUAUCUCAAAUAGCUAUCAUAUUAAUGAUGAUGAUGUUAGUUAAUCCAAACCAAUGGAUGUUUAUUGUAAUUUUAAUAACCUCAGUAGUGAGUCUCAUCGAUGGAUUAUCCAAUGCAUCGACAACAAGACAUCGUUUAAACCCAUUGAAAGCUCCAGAGAGUAAAGAUGAUAGUUUAUCCUUAUUAAACUGCCCCAAAGGGUCAAGGGUUACUUUUGUGAGGACAAUGGGUUACAAAACGAUUGACACCAUAUUGGAUAGACUACAAUUGAUCAGCAAUUACAGUUGGACUCAGUGUAACUCACAUUGUCUAUCAACAAAUUCAUGUUCCUCAUAUUUUUUCAAUUUCCAACAUUCUAAUUGUGUUUUGGUCAACUCAUCGUAUGCUCUUGUAGUUGGUUACAAUCUGGAACAAAACUAUCACUGGAAUUAUCACAGGAAAAUUUGUUUACCUUCUUUAGAUUCAUCUACACCAAUUUCAUCCAAUUCAUCAUCUUCUAGUUCAUUAUCUUCACCAUUCUCAUCAUGUACAGUUAAAUGGUUUUUCGAGAAGGUGCCAAAUAGCCAAUUACAUGGAGUCAAUGAGAAGCUACUCAAUUCAAUUAAAAGUGAAGACGAUUGUUUAAGCGCUUGUUUCAAUGAGAGACAAUUCAUUUGUCGAUCAGUUCGAUUUGAUCAUGUCAGGUCAAUUUGUGCUUUAAGUCGCCAUGAUAGACGAACAUCUCAAGAAUCGUUCAGAAAAAAUAUCAACUCAAACCAUCAUUCGGUUUCUUAUUUUGAAAAUCAAUGUGUUCAAGAGCCACCAAGAUGCACUUUCAGGCGUCUAGAUGAUUAUCAACUUAGUGAGAGUCAAAUAAUGCUUAAUUUAACCGGAUUAACAUUGGAAGAUUGUGAGAAAAGUUGCCUUUCAGAGCAAUCAUUUAUCUGCCGUUCAUUCAUUCAUUAUCACCAUUUGCUUGGUGUAUGUUUACUUUCACCUGAAGAUUCAUUGAGUCUAGGUGAAAAUGGGAUCAAAGAUAUCAAAAGUUUAACAUUAUCAUCACCAUUAUCACCAUCAACCGAUGGGUUUCCCAUGAAUCUCUAUGAGAAGGCUUCAUGCAUCGAUGUUAACAUUAAAUGUGAAGCAAAUGAAAUGAUUGCAAUCAUCAAAACUUCAGGACCUUUCAAAGGUCGUCUAUUCACUUUAACUCAUCCUCAAGAGUGUUACAACAUUGGAACUGAAGAGCCUGAUGAUACAAUUGCCCUUUCAAUACCUUUACAUGGUGGACAGUGUGGAACCCAGAAUUUGAGGAAUGGUACUUUUGUUAAUUCACUGAUUGUUCAACGGCAUCCAUUGAUUUUAAGAGAAACUGAUAGACGAAUCGAUGUUGUCUGUGAUUACCAGCAAAUCACUCGUAAACUGCGAAGUGGCAAACAAGUCUCUGAAGGCGAUGCAAUUGCAAUGACUCAAGUUGUGACUGGACUGGCCUCUACUCCACCGGUCAGACUACGAGUAGUCAACUCGACUGGAAACGAGGUGAAGGAUGUUGAACUUGGUGAUCCUUUAUACCUGAAGGUUGAAAUGUUGGAUGAAAGUGUCUUCGGUAUUUUUGGCAGUGAACUUGUAGCCAAAAGCGGUGAAGGAAGUGAAUCUGUUGUAUUAAUUGAUGAUCAAGGCUGUCCUGUUGAGCCAAAUGUAUUUCCUGGAUUAGCCAAAGCUGAUCGCACUUCCAAGGCGCUGGUUGCACCAUUCCAAGCCUUUCGCUUUGCCACUGACCCUUCAGUUAAAUUUCAAAUGACCGUUUCAUUUUGUUUGGAUACUUGUCCACCGGUCAGCUGCGGUGGCGAUAAAUUGAACGAGACAACAUCAAAUGCAAACGCUUAUGAGAUAGUCGGACGAACUGGACGAUCAGAUGAAUCUUUUGGUAAAAGAAGGCGUCGUCGGUCAGAUUUUUCUGACGUUGACAGGGUUUAUGGUUCAUCUGAUAAUGCAGCCAAAUCUGACAAGGAAGCUCAAUCGGGUGACAUAUUGACAGACAUAACGAUGGAAACUACAUUUUUCAUUGUAAACAAUUUAAAGGCAGAUUCAUCACUCAAUGAAUCAACCAAAUUGAAACACAUUCGUUCCUUAAAACACCAAACCGAUGUCAACUCAAAGCGAGAUAUUCAAAUUUUGGCUUGCAAUUCAUCUGAAGUUCAUUUUGAAUUAUUGUCUGGUUCCAUGUUGGCUGCCAAUGCUUACAAAAUAACUCGAGAUCUCGAUCCUGGCGUUUGUUUGAAAUUGUGUCUCCAAGACUCUUCAUGUCUAUCAGUCAAUAUUGAUUACAAGAAAGGAACUUGUUCAUUCAAUGGUCAAAAUUUGAGGACUUCAGGAAUAGACCGUAAUCUAAGAUCAAGUCCAUUCUUCAAUUAUUUUGAGAAAGUUUGCUUGAUUCGAUCAUCUGCAGCCUCAACGCCAUUAACAAAUUCAACAAUCACACCUCACUCCGUGUCUUGUUCAAAUAAGGAUUGGUCUUUUGAACGGAUCCGGGGUAAAGAGUUAAUAGGAUUACCUUUUGAAAAGAUAGUGGUUGAGGCAUCAACUCGUGAACAAUGUGAAUUGGCAUGUUUAGAUUACCAACCAUUCACCUGUUUAUCUGCUGAAUUCAAUUACCAGAUGAAUGAAUGUCGACUAAGUCCAUACAACAGAUUUUCAUCUUUAAAUAAACAGGUUCGUCUUGAGCCAUCAACAUCCUUAGUUGAUUAUCUGGAAAACAAUUGUGCUCAAGGUCCAAGAGCCUUUUGCAGUUGGAAAUCCUCUAAACAAAAUCGCCUGAUCCUUUCCGAUAAAACAAUAAUCACAGCCAAUGCAACAACCUGUCAAGAUGAAUGUCUAAACAGUCAAAAUUUCAUCUGUCGCUCCUUCACCUUUGAUUCAGUCUCAUUAACCUGUUCAUUAAGCCAUCACACCAGAAGAUCAGUCCCAGGAGCUGCUCUUUUAAAAACACCUUCAUCAAUAGUCUAUGAGAUAUCAACCUGUUUCGAUGUCUCCAUUGAUUGUGGACCCGAUAUGAUGAAAGCAAAAGUAACAUCAAGCACAUUAUUUCAGGGUAAAUUAUAUGCUCGGGAAAGGCCUACUUCAUGUUUUGUUGAUAUUGCCAAUUCAAUGGACUUCACUUUACCCAUACAAUUGAAAGGAGAUGAUUGUGCUACUCAAGAAGAGUCUGAAGGAACCUUUAUCAACACACUGAUCAUUCAAAGUAACGAUCAUGUCAUAACGUCAGUUGAUAAAGCAAUUGGAGUUCGCUGUUCAUAUGAUGUUGGCAAUAUAACCGGAGAAACAGUGUUGAACAUUGAUCAAUUGGGUUUAACUGAUAGGGAACAAAAUUCACCUUCAUUGCCUGAUUUAUCAUUUCACAUUAUGGACUUAAAGGGAACAGAUAAAGAGGUUGUUAAUCUUGGUGAAUUAUUACGAGUUCAGGUUCGAAUGAGCGAUGAAGAUACUUAUGGCAUUUUUGUGCGUAACUUGGUAGCCAAGGAUGAAACUGGAAACAACAAUUUAACAUUAAUCGAUCAAACAGGAUGUCCAGUUGAAUCUAAACUGAUGCGAGAAGUGCGAACAAUCGACAAGAAAAGUAAAUCUCUGGAAAGCUUUUUUGAAGCCUUUUCAUUCACUGGAAGUAGCACUUUAGAGUUGGAAGCUGAUGUUGAAACUUGCUUGGAACGCUGUAGACCCGUUCAAUGUCAAGUUGCUUCUGGUCGAUCUGAGGAUGAUUAUGAUGUGGUUGUUUCUUAUGGUCGUAAACGUCGAUCCAUUAAAGCACGAAAUCAACCAACUGGUCAACCAAUUGAUACCAAACGAAUGAGUAAAACUCUGUCCAUUAGAGCGGCACAAUUUGGUCUGGAUGGAUCGACUGAUUCCAUUGGAAAAGCGCAUUACAUUAAUGGAGUCCUAAUAACCAGAGCAACAUCCAAUUCUUUGCGAAAAACUAAUUCAAAUGAAUCCAAUAUGGUGUCAAUGGUGUCCUCUAAUGAUGCUUCAUAUGAUAAAGAGACUCGUCCAUUAGCUUUGGAAACAGAUUCAGAUUAUGAUUUGUCUAAUCAUCAUAAUCUUGCCUCUAAUUAUGAACAAACUGAUAAUAAUAGCAAUAGUAUUGAAGAUGAAACUUCAAUCGCUGCUGCUGCUGCUGCUUCAAUUGAUGAAGACAAACAGUUCAAUAAUAAUCAUAAUUACAAUAAUGGCAAUGAUGAUAACGAUGAUGAUGAUGUUGUUGAUCCAAUGAAGGUUAAAACUGGUUUCAAUCUUCUUGAACCAACCACAUUGGCAACUUUCAUGGGAAUAAUGAUUAUCAUUCAAACCCUUCUAUUGAUUAUCGGACUAAUUGUUGCCUCAAGGCUACGUCAAUCCAAUCAACAGCAACAACACAAAAUCCAAUCAACUGAUCAUUUUGUUUCCAUCUACAAGCCAUAAUUAAGAAAUUACCAGUUCUCUUCAUAACUUCUUCAUCACCAUCACCAUCAUUAUCAUCUUUUAAAUAACCAUCCAAGUUCAAUCUUGAUCACCUAGAACCAAUAGGAUAACCAAACAAAAUCAAUAUUUGAGUUCUAAUUCUAUACUAAUUUAAGAUUAGACUCGUAAAAUGAUUUGAAAUAACAUUCACAAAACACUAACCGUUCAUCUUCAUUGAUCAAAUGAUCGUCAUCAUUGCCAUUAUCACCAAUCAUCAGGAUGAUCUCGAGAGCAGAUUUGAAACCAACUAAGCCUUUGUAUUAUAAAAUGUGUAAACUCAUUCCAAUCUCAACCCAAUUAAUUUUGCUCUCAAGCAACUCAACUAUGCAUUAUAUCAUUUUUAAUAAUCACUCAAUCUGUGCACAAAUUUAAAAACUGUAAACGUUUUAUUUGUAAAUCACAGUUGAAAUGGACGAACCAAAUCCUCCGAAUUUGUAAACUCAUCAAUUUAAUUUAUUGUCAUCCCAUUAAACCAUCAAAUUGUAACAA